AUGUCCGUCGCCCGCCCCCCCGCCCCCCUUCCACCCCUCCGACCCAUGCCCACACUGCUCCACAUGGCGCCCCCCUCCCCCGCCCCACCUUCCUCCCAGGGGCCAGACUCCCCCCGCGUGGGUUUGACCUGCCCCGCCUUCCUCCCCGUAGAGGUCACGGGGCCGCGGGCAGCCUCUGACGUGCCCUUUGGCCUGUCCCCAGUGGCCGGGCGGGGGAUGAGUCCCUCGGGGGCCGCCCACCCCCCUGCGCCGCCCCCCGACCAGCCCCUGGACCUCCGCCUGGCCCACAGGAAGCGGCGGGCCAGCCUGGAUGACCCCCGCCCACCCCGACCCCCCAGUGAUCCCCCCGCGCCCGCCCCGCCCCCCCAGACCGUCCCCACGGAGGCCCCUUCCCCUGAGGGCAUGACAGGAGUAGUGGAGUGCUUCCCCCUGCCGCGGCCCCAGCCCCGCCCCCUGCCGCCGCUGCUCUACCCCCGCCCCCUGCACCCCGCGCCCAUGCUGUACCCCGGGCCGGGGCGCGGCAUGCCCUUCCCGCCCCUGACGCCCACCGCCGGGCACCCCUACCCCCUGCUGUCCCUGCAGGAGCCGCGCUUCCCGCCCUUCCCGCUGCUACGGCCCUUCCCUACCCUGCCCAGCCCCGGCAGGCACCUUUACGGCGCCCUCAGGGAGCGGCGGGCGCAGAGCAGCCCCCUCAGGCCGCCCCAGGCCCCCCCGGGGCGAGGCGCGCGCCCCCGCGAGCGGUACUCGUGCAAGUUCUGCGGCAAGGUGUUCCCGCGCUCCGCCAACCUGACGCGGCACCUUCGCACGCACACGGGCGAGCAGCCGUACAAGUGCAAGUUCUGCGAGCGGUCGUUCAGCAUCUCGUCCAACCUGCAGCGGCACGUGCGGAACAUCCACAACAAGGAGAAGCCCUACAAGUGCCGCCUCUGCGAGCGCGCCUUCGGCCAGCAGACCAACCUCGACCGGCACAUGAAGAAGCACGAGUCGGACGGGCCCACCAUCCUGGACGGCAGCCUCUGCCGACCGCCGCCCUCGACCAUACCUACCACCGUCUCGACCACGCUGCUGCCGCCCCCGCCCCUCACCCCCCUGGGCCCCCUCACCCUCACCCAGGCGUUCCGCAGGUGUGCCUCGUCGCUCACCUGUGCACUCAGAGGCUAA